UCUGGCAGCAGCGGGAGCUGAGAAUCAGAUUCACCACGAGGAGUGUUGUCACCGUGAGAGACUGUUGGAAGGAUCGCCACGUUAUUCACUCUGUCGGUCUGUCUCUGUGCCAGUCUGUGUGUGUCUCUGCCAGUCUCUGUGUGUUGAUCCGUAAAGAACAUUGUGGAGUGUGGACCAUGAAGCCGAAUUGUAUUUUACAUCCAGAUCAGCAGAAACAGACAGAAGAGGAACUUGGGACGGGAGGAGCGUGAUAGCUGGUGAUCUCUGAUGAAAACGAGCAGCAAUAACAGGACCCAACCAGCCACUCUCACUGAGGAAACCAUUAACCUGUCGUGGUUUAUUGACCCGAACAGACAUCUGAAGAAUAUUCAAAUGGAACUCCCUUAAUAGGUGUUCAGGACCAGAUAGAAACUGGCCAGUACCGAAACAUCUUUCCUUCAGCACCAAAACAGAAUCUGUUACUGGAGUAACUGGUCAGUACUGAAACAGAAUCUGUUCAUGGGGAAACUGGUCAGUACCGAAACAUCUUACAGAGGAACCUUCAUCACCAAAAACAUCAUUUCUCACUGAAGAAAGUGUUCAGUACCAAAACAACUCCCUGAGGAAACUGUUACGAACCAAUAUAUCUCUUACGGAAGACAGUUCAGUCCCUGCGAGCUGAGUGGAGUCAGGAUGUUCGGUCCCCAGACGACAUUAAACCCAGAUUGGAUUUGGCUUCGCGUCUCAUUGUGGAGUGGAGGAGAGGAGUGGAGAGAAGAGGUUUCUAUUUGUGCUGAUAGUGUGUGAUCGAUAGAGACAGGACGACAUCGUGAGAUGGCUGAUAAUUCAUCAACGCCAGCAUUUAUAGAAAUACAGAAAUAUGUCAAAUAAUAACAAUGUCUCAUCAAUGUAAUCAAUCAUCAAUGAACAGACAGUGGACUUAAGAUUGAGGAGAAUGAAAGUCACUAGUUUGGAUGUCAUAUUCAGGGGAGCACAAGUUGUACAGAGAGGAUAAGGGAGGACAAGUCUCAGACCCUGGCAAGAACAUAGACAUUCUUCCUGUAUUGAUUGAGAUUGAGUGAUUUGCGCAACAUGCAAGCGCAACAGGUUAGGUUUGGGCAUGCUAGUGAUUGGUUAGGGUAAGGUUAGCUUUGGGCAUGCUAGCGAUUGGUUAGGGUAAGGUUAGCUUUGGGCAUGCUAGCAAAGUGGUCAAGGUUCAAGAUAAGGUUUGUAAACAAAAACACGCCAAAACAACACACCUGGAUUCAAACCGCAUUACAAAGUCCUGGAUUCAAAGUCCUGCACACUACGACCUCUGCCACCCUGUUUCCACUAACAGGCUGGAACAAUCGGAAUGGACUGGGAUCUUUGAAUGCCCAGACACUGAUUGAGACGGUCCAUGUACUGGAUAUUCCAACUCAACUGUAAGCUAACAUAACCAGCGAAGCAGACUUCAAGUGGACACUAUGAUGUUGUGUGUAACUGGUUUGAGGAGUGUGAGGUGGACGGCUCGGCCUGGUCAGAGGAGUGUGAGGUGGACGGCUCGGCCUGGUCAGAGGAGUGUGUGCACGUGUGUGACGCAGGUGGUUCUGAUGUGUCUGACUGUCCUGUCUUCCGGUCUGUCCGUCUGGGCUGAAGACCAGAUCAUCUUCGACCACCAUGCUGUCUACUGGAACAGCACGAACCCCAGGUUCCACCAUGACUACAGGGUUGCGGUCAAUAUAAAUGACUACCUCGACAUCUACUGUCCAUUCUACACCAACGGCCCUCCGGCUCACGGUCGAAUGGAACGCUAUAUCCUGUUCAUGGUCAACCAUGAGGGGUACACUUCCUGUCAACACAGGAUGAGGGGGUUCAAACGCUGGGAGUGCAACCGUCCUACCGGUCCUGACGGUCCCCUGCGCUUCUCAGAAAAGUUCCAGCUGUUUACGCCUUUCUCCCUGGGCUUCGAGUUCAGGCCAGGACACGAAUACUACUAUAUCUCGUCUCCUCAUCCCAACCAUGUAGGGAGGCCGUGUCUGAGGCUGAAGGUGUAUGUCAGACCCCCAGGCAGUUCAGGGUUUGACUCUCCAGAGCCCUUUCUGACUGAUGGAGCUGCAGACUGGAGCCCAGAGUCCCUGCUAGCCCCAGCCCUAAUACCCAGCCUGGCCUCACUGCUACUGGGCUUCCUCUCAUCGCUGUGACCCCCCCUCCACUGGAGCAAGACCUAGACCAGUCUUUGCUGGAAGACUGCCUGUAGGACUGGCUGGCUGUCCCUCAAACACCCACAUGCUCAGGGAGAAACUCUCUUUCAGUCCUGGAUUAAAAACCACUGUGGGUCCCCAGGACAAGCAUUUACAGCUCCUGGGCUAAUUAAUGGAUGAAGACUUAACCCUAACCCCCCUGGGGUGUCUGAAGGGACAUGGAUGGGGGGUGGUGGUAGUUGGCUGGACACACACAUGCAUGACCACUGUGAAUCUGGACUGAACUGACGGUUUCUGUUAUGUUUACAUGAUCACAUAUAAUUUAACUGAAGAUGGUU